AUCAUGACUAUGAAUGAUGAGAAGACAAAGAAGAAAGCCAUGCAGGCUGUAGCUGAUGUUUAUGGAGUAAAUUCGAUAGAAGCUAAUCUAAAUGAGCAGUUGCUGACCAUUACAGGGGAGACGGACGCAAUUGCAAUAGCUAAAAAACUGAAGAAGAUAGGAAAAAUAGAAUUAGUAUCUGUUGGUCCUGAUAAAGAAGAGGAGAAAGAGGAAGAGAAAGAAGAAAACAAAGAUCAAAAGAAAUAAAAGAGCCAAUUACAGAGUUCACUUUUUUUUUAAUCAGUGCAGACUACAGAGUUCACUUAUUGAGUAAUAUUUAUAAUUUUUUUUUCCAGUAUUUAACCUUCUUUCUUCUUCUCUCAUCUAGGAUGCCUAAGCACUUUAUCAACACAAUAACUUACUAUGUCUCCAACUUAGUGACAAUUUUUGAUGGAUGAUUUUGGGAUUGUUCAUUUGGUUGGAAGAGAU